AGGCAGUACACACACUUCAGGAGGAGGGGGGGAAAAAAAAAAGCUCUUGUGCCUCUUAGAACCUCCAUAACCGCCAGAUUGAAAACAGACUGUCCAAGACUGCCUAAAUCCUACUUCUGGAUGACUCUCCACUCAGAAUUCUCCGGAAAAUUGGGUUAAUUUCAGCUCAGAAAAGCAGGAACGAUACCCUUGGUACUGGACUGGAAGAAAACUACGAAGUGAGAGAGCCAUGAAGAUUCAGAAAAAGCUGACCGGCUGCAGCAGGCUGAUGCUUCUGUGUCUUUCUCUGGAGCUGCUGUUGGAAGCUGGGGCUGGGAAUAUUCACUACUCAGUGCCGGAAGAGACAGACAAAGGUUCCUUCGUGGGCAACAUUGCCAAGGACCUAGGGCUACAACCCCAGGAGCUGGCAGAUCGCGGAGUCCGCAUCGUCUCCAGAGGUAGGAUGCCGCUUUUCGCUCUGAAUCCUAGAAGUGGCAGCUUGAUCACCGCGGGCAGGAUAGACCGGGAAGAGCUCUGCGCUCAGCGCAUGCCAUGUCUCGUGAGUUUUAAUAUCCUUGUUGAGGAUAAAAUGAAGCUUUUCCCUGUUGAAGUAGAAAUAAUUGAUAUUAAUGACAACACUCCCCAAUUUCAGUUAGAGGAACUGGAGUUUAAAAUGAAUGAAAUAACCACUCCAGGUACCAGAAUCUCAUUGCCAUUUGGACAAGACCUUGAUGUGGGUGUGAACUCACUCCAGAGCUACCAACUCAGUUCUAACCCUCAUUUCUCCCUGGAUGUGCAACAGGGAGCCGAUGGGCCCCAACAUCCAGAGAUGGUGCUGCGGAGUCCCCUAGACAGAGAAGAAGAAGCUGUCCACCACCUCAUCCUCACAGCUUCUGAUGGGGGUGACCCAGUCCGUUCAGGGACCCUCAGAAUUUACAUUCAGGUGGUGGAUGCAAAUGACAAUCCUCCAGCAUUUACUCAGGCACAAUACCAUAUGAAUGUCCCUGAAAACGUGCCACUGGGCACUCGACUGCUCAUGGUAAAUGCCACCGACCCUGAUGAGGGAUCUAAUGGGAAAGUAACAUACUCCUUUCACAAUGUAGACCACAGAGUGGCCCAAAUAUUUCAUUUAGAUUCUUACACAGGAGAAAUAUCAAAUAAAGAACCACUAGAUUUCGAAGAAUACAAAAUUUAUUCAAUGGAAGUUCAAGCCCAGGAUGGUGCGGGGCUCAUGACUAGAGCUAAGGUACUGAUCAAAGUUUUAGAUGUAAAUGACAAUGCCCCAGAAGUGACCAUCACCUCUGUCACCACUGCAGUUCCAGAAAACUUUCCUCCUGGGACCAUAAUUGCUCUUAUCAGUGUGCAUGACCAGGACUCAGGAGACAAUGGCUACACCACAUGUUUCAUUCCUGGAAAUUUACCCUUUAAAUUGGAAAAGUUAGUUGAUAAUUAUUACCGUUUAGUGACUGAAAGAACACUGGACAGAGAACUUAUCUCUGGGUACAACAUCACAGUAACAGCAACAGACCAAGGAACUCCAGCUCUAUCUACUGAAACUCACAUUUCACUGCUAGUGACAGAUAUCAAUGACAACUCCCCAGUCUUCCAUCAGGACUCCUACUCUGCCUACAUUCCCGAAAAUAACCCCAGAGGAGCCUCCAUCUUCUCUGUGAGGGCCCACGACUCGGACAGCAAUGAGAAUGCACAAAUCGCUUACUCCCUAAUAGAGGACACCAUCCAGGGAGCACCCCUAUCUGCCUACGUCUCCAUCAACUCCGACACUGGGGUCCUGUAUGCGUUGCGAUCCUUCGACUACGAGCAGUUCCGGGACUUGCAACUGAAAGUGAUGGCGCAGGACAGUGGGGACCCGCCCCUCAGCAGCAACGUGUCGCUGAACCUGUUCGUGCUGGACCAGAACGACAAUGCGCCUGAGAUCCUGUACCCCGCCCUCCCCACAGAUGGUUCCACAGGAGUGGAGCUAGCGCCCCGCUCCGCAGAGCCCGGCUACCUGGUGACCAAGGUGGUGGCAGUGGACAGAGACUCGGGCCAGAACGCUUGGCUAUCCUACCGCCUGCUCAAGGCCAGCGAACCGGGACUCUUCGCGGUGGGGCUGCACACGGGCGAGGUGCGCACGGCGCGAGCCCUGCUGGACAGAGACGCGCUCAAGCAGAGCCUCGUGGUGGCCGUCCAGGACCACGGCCAGCCCCCUCUCUCCGCCACUGUCACGCUUACCGUGGCCGUGGCAGACAGGAUCCCCGACAUCCUGGCCGACCUGGGCAGCCUCGAGCCCUCCGCCAAACCCAACGAUUCGGACCUCACUCUGUACCUGGUGGUGGCGGUGGCCGCGGUCUCCUGCGUCUUCCUGGCCUUUGUCAUCGUGCUGCUGGCGCUCAGGCUUCGGCGCUGGCACAAGUCACGUCUGCUGCAGGCUUCGGGAGGCGGCUUAGUGCCCGGCUCGCACUUUGUGGGCGUGGACGGGGUUCGGGCUUUCCUGCAGACCUAUUCCCACGAGGUCUCCCUCACUGCGGACUCGCGGAAGAGCCACCUGAUUUUCCCCCAGCCCAACUAUGCGGACACGCUCAUCAGCCAGGAGAGCUGUGAGAAAAAGGAUUUUCUAUCAGCACCCCAGUCUUUACUUGAAGACAAAAAGGAACCGUUUUCUCAGGUAAACUUUUGUAAUGAAUGUAUAAGCUAUCUAGAGAAAAAUAAUUCUUGAUUUAACUUACUUGCAUUCACUCUUUACUACAGAUAGUUCUUCUAACCCAUGUAUCUUUAUGGCUUUUUAUUACAAGUCCUGGAAAAUC